AUGAAAAAACAAAACUUUUUUGAAGAUCCCAAAGGUAUACUAGAAGAAAUUAAGCGACAGCCUCGCUUGUUGCAACACCAGCAGCAUGAGAUGGAGCAACAGCCAACCACUUCUCCACCACCACCCCAGUUGUUGCCACAACAAAGGCGACGAUUAUCCACCUUUACAGCUCCAUCUAUGGUUCAACCAUUGUCUUCCACAUCAGUGGCCGCCUCAACGACAUCGCCUUUGGUUUAUCCCUCAACAAGUUCGUUGGGAACAACGAGCGAACAACAAGCCAUGCAACAACCAAUAAUGUCGGCCGUGAAUCGUCGCCCCAAGCCUGGCAUUCUGAGGCUAGACAUGAAUAAACCUCGACGUUCAUCAGGUGGUUCUGUAGAAUUCCGCAUGCAUCCUCAUAUGUUUGGAACGAAUAUAUCAACACCAACUGGGACAACACCACCACCGCAUCAACUGUCGGUUACCUGGGCUACGCCACCGUGUGGUUCAAAUAUCAAAGAAUUCAAAGGUAAACCUGGUACACCCUUGCCCGGAGCCAUUGCAGCAGCAGCGGCCACAGCACCAACAUCAGGUGUUGGAAUUGAGUUCAGCGAAUUCGCCCAACGAAAGAGUCCUGGCUUUAGUAUUCACGCUGCUAAUGCGGAUAAUAACGAUGAAGACAAUGACGAAGAUAUUGACGAUGAAGAGGACUAUUCUGUGUCCGUAUCAGCAAUAAUGCAGAGACGUGCCAGUGUACGUGGAUAUCGCAGAAAAAGCAGCAGUCGCAACUCACGUAGAGCUUCCAGUCCAAUGGAUCACGUUUUGGAUAAUGCUGAGCGUAGACGCUCCAGCGUCUAUACAACAAGUUCUGACGAAGGUACAAAUCAAGAAUCAACACAAGAACAAAUAUUUGAAAACAUACGUCUUCACAAGGAGGUUAUACAAUCGGUUAAACUUCAACCAUGGCCAAUACGUAAGAAACUUAAGCUAGUGAGACAGGCAAAGACAUAUGUGGCCCGGCAUGAGGGCGCACUACAGGAACGUUUUGCCAUGUCACGCAGUACUCGAGAUUUGUGGGCGCGUUUUAAAAUUGUAAUGGCUGCUCGAUGGCGUCAUUGGAAACGUGAAAUUUACAGUUUCCUUACCGUUCUCAUACCCUGGGAGUUACGAAUAAAAGAAAUCGAAUCACAUUUUGGAUCAGGUGUAGCUUCCUAUUUUACAUUUCUCCGUUGGCUGAUGUAUAUGAAUGUAAUGAUUGCCCUGCCCCUGGUAUUGUUUGUCAUUGGACCGGAGUAUUUUGGAACAAAAAACGAUGAAAUUGAUCCACGAAAAAGAAUGACAGAUCGAGAAAAUAAAGUGGCUGGAAAUCUGUUGACAAUAUGGGAAUUUGAGGGUUAUCUGAAAUAUUCUCCAAUGUUUUAUGGUUAUUAUUCAAGUUCUACUGGCGCCGCAGCUCAUGGAUACUUACUACCACUAGCUUAUUUUCUAACGGCCGUAGUUGUGUAUAUUUACAGUUUUGUGGCCACACUAAGAAAAAUGGCCGAGAAUUCACGUAAUUCGAAAUUAUCAUCCAAAGACGAUGAAUGCACAUUUUCAUGGAAACUUUUUACUGGUUGGGAUUUUAUGAUUGGUCAUGCGGAAACUGCACAUAAUCGUAUUGCCUCUGUGGUAGUUGGUUUCAAGGAAGCCUUACUCGAGGAAGCCGAAAAGAAAAAGGAUACACGAAAUUGGCGUAUCAUAUUGCAGCGCAUUGUUGUAAAUAUUUUGAUAAUUGCCUUGCUAGUUGCUUCCGGUGCUAUUAUCGUCUAUUUGGUAAAUAGAUCCGAAGAUUUAGCAAAGCGUGAUGAUUGGCUAAGUAAAAACGCUGUAAAUGUUACCAUGAAUUUACUGUCCUUUAUUUUGCCAAUGAUAUUUGAAGCGUUGGGCUUAUUCGAAAAUUGGCAUCCGCGCCAACAGCUUCGAUUACAAUUGGCCAGAAUUAUGAUCUUGAAUUUACUCACCCUGUAUUCGCUGAUGUUUUCAUUCAUUUAUAAAAUUGAUAAAAAAGAAGGACCACUUGUCGAAAUGAAACUGCUAAAUGAUACGGCAACCGCUCAAUUGGAAGAUUUAAUUCACAGGUGGGAAAUCUAUAGAAAUAUGACAGCCAAUUUGAAUGGCACCUCGGAGUUGGCAACAACAACGGAAGCCGCAAUGCUUACAACGGCCAAGGUGGCAACAAAGCUGGUUUGUCGCAAUGUAACAAAAUACUGCACCAAACGGUGUCAGGGUGUUCAGGGAUUUCCAACGACAGCAACAACAAUGGCCACAGUGGCCACUACAACAUUUCUGCUCUUAAAUCUCACCACAACCACCGUGAUGCCAACAACAACAACAACAACGGCGACUAGUUUGCUAACAAAUGCUACAAGUCCCAUUACGACUACCACAACUGAGAUAAGUACCGAACCCCAAACAACAUGGACAACAUUACCAACAACAACGACAAUGAUGACAACAACUACUGAGGCAAGCACCAUAACCACAGUAACGCCACCGGAUACAACCCAUUCUAGCAGUAUGGACGUCACAGCGACAACACUCUUUGCCAACAGCCCCUUAACAACACAGGCUGCAACUGAGAUUACAACAGAGGAAUCUACCAUCUCAACACCCUCGAUAACAUCAACCACAACAACAGAAUAUCCAGGCAAUGAUACACUCUUUGAAUAUUAUGAUUAUUUUGCAGGAAUGUCCUUGGAACGCCAACUGGCUGAUGAUAAACUGAAGGAAGACACUGAAAGCGAGGAUAAAAAGAAACGGUCGGCAAAGGGCCACCGAAGAAGAGGCAAAAAGAAAAAGAAAAAUCAAACAACAAUGGCCCCAACGUCUUUCACAGAAAUAUUCCAAACAACCGUGGAACCCUACAGCACGAGUCCACCAAAGGUUGCAAAAAAGUCGAAAGGGAAUAAUAAAAUUUCGAACAUAAAAAGGGCCAAAAGUUUAUCAUUGCUGCCCAGAUCAAAAUAUAGUCGAAGAGAUAUUGAAUCAGACGAAACAACAACAGCAGACAAAUCCACAACCGUUGAGAGUACAACACAAACCGAGGAGAUAAUGACAUCGACGACCUAUGCCACAACAUUGCCCACCACAACAACCGAAGACAAUACAACACCAUAUCCAACAACGCAGGACACUACAGCGGCGGUCACAACAACUGAAGGUAGUGCCCAAACAACAACACCAGCACCACCCAUCACCACCACCACCAGCAAGGAUAUUCUUUGGGAAGAAAAUACUCUUCUCAAUGAAGUUUUAGACUUCUUUACCACCAAUGCAACGACGCCCAGACCUCCCAGCAACACACUUCGACCUCAAGAAGACCCCUUAAUCAACGAUUUUACAACCAAACCAUUCUUUGAAGAGGAUAAGACUGUUAUUUACAAUCUCGAAGAUAUACAAAAUGGCACGCUUUACAUAUGUUGGGACAUGGAAUGUACACCGGAAGUGGUGGCCGAUGAUGAUAAUCAAAACACUUCAUUAGUGGCGAAUAUCUCAAGACCCAUCACGAUGUCCGAAGAAUUUGAGAAAAAUUAUACGGAAAUUAUGAAAACAUUGAAGAAAGUCGAAUUGAGUUUGACCACAAUGUGUUGGGAAACAUCCUUGGGUCAGGAGUUGGCCAAAGUUGUGGUGCUCGAUGGGAUAACUGCCACGGUGUUGUCUCUGGUUAUGGACUUUUUGCGUGCACUUUUUGUACGUUACGUAAAUCGUAACUGGUGCUGGGAUAUGGAAAAGACAUUUCCGCAGUAUGGCGAUUUUAAAAUAGCCGAAAAUAUUCUGGGUUUAAUUAACAAUCAAGGUCAGGUGUGGAUGGGUAUAUUCUUUUCGCCUGGUCUCGUGAUUAUUAAUCUCGUAAAAUUGGUGAUAAUGAUGUACUUCAGAUCGUGGAUUGUUUUAACAUGUAAUGUGCCACAUGAGGUUGUAUUCAAGGCUUCCAAAUCCAACAAUUUCUAUCUUUCCCUGCUGUUAACAAUGUUGUUUCUUUGUGUGUUGCCUGUGGCAUAUGCCAUAGUUUGGCUGCGUCCUUCAUGGCAUUGUGGACCCUAUUCGGCCUAUAAUACAACCUCGGAAUAUAUUACAACAAUAACCCUGAAAGCACUGCCAGAGGAUUUACACAAACCACUUCGUUAUAUGGCAUCGGCAAGUACCGUAAUUCCCCUGUUACUUCUGUUGAUUUUGAUAAUUUACUAUUUGGUUUCGCUGACGGGCGCCUUACGUGAAGCCAACCAGGACUUAAAGACUCAAUUGCAAAAGGAACGAGAGGAAGAACGCAAGAAAAUUUUCCAAGUUCCAGAAAUAAAACCGGCCGAGAAUAGCACCACAACCAUGAGUAAUAGAUGGCGCAAAGUAUUGGAAGCUUCAUCACCUGUUUCACCAACCACACAGCCUGAUUUUGAAAGUGAAGAAUAUAAGACUCAGGCAAGAAAAGAAUUAAUUUCACGCAUUAUGAAGAAGGCAUUACGCAAAGACUCCGCCACAUCGGAUGAGGAAACGUUUGCCCGACAGCAUGGUCGUGACGAUGACACCGAUACCGAACACCACGACUCUUUGCCCCACGACGAAGAUGGCAACGAACGACGUCCACGUUUAUCUAAACUUCAAGAAAUACGAAAAACACGAAAACCUUCCCUCGUGGAUAUUGUUCAGAUUGCGAAUAGCGAACGAGAGCGGGUCAGAUCGCUGAGAAAACAAGCAAUGGGAAGUGGUGGCAAGGGAAAAACUAGAAAUGAGAAGAAAUCGGAAGAGAACGAGCAAGAUAACAACAAUAAGGAGAAAGAAGCUAUGGAUAAUGGAAACGAUCCGGAAAUUAAGACAAGAAUCAUAAAUGAGAGGCGACAAAGUUUAUUGCGCAAAAAGAAGGAAGAUGAGGCUUAUGGAAGAAAUAGAGAUAAGAAUGAAGACGAAGUGGGGGAAAAACACAACCAAAAUGAGAAUGACUUAAAUGACAAGAACGCAGAUAAAACUAAAGAACACGAAGAACACAAUGAAACAAGUAAACGCAAAAAGAGAAAUGAUGGGAGCAACGAAAAAGAAUGUCAUAAAAUAAAAGAUAAAGCUAAUGGUGAUGGCAAGGAUCAAAGGAAACAUAAAAACAAAGAUAGUCCCAAUAAUGUAGGGGAACAUGAAAAUGAUGGCCACAAAGACCAAUUAAAGGAAGACGCACCAAGGAAUAAAGAAAAAGAACAUCUACUAGAAAAGGAUAACAACGAGGAGAAGAAAAACAGAAAUGGCAAGGAAAGAAAUUACCAACAAAAUCAAGAUGACCAUGAGCCAUCAAAAGAUAAUGGAAAGGGAAGAGAGAAACCAAAGGUAAUGGGAAAAGAGAAACAAAAAACCAAAGACAAAAAGUCUGACAAUGAGAAAAGUCCAGAUGAGCCCAAAAUAGAAUCUCCAAAAAAGGAAGAACACUUAAGGAACAAACCCAAAGAACAAGCCAAAGAUAAGGAUAGAGAAAAGGAUCAAACAAACGAUGUCCAUAUAAUGCCAGAAAAAGGGCAUGAAAAAGAAAAGGACAAAGAAAAAUCCAAAGAAAUAAAACAAAGAAUUUACGAAAGUUUUCGUCGCAAGAAACGCGACAACAAAGAGAAAACAGUAACUCCAAAACAAAGUUCUCUUGAGAAAACCAGCGAAGAAGAUAUCAAUGAGGAAACAGAACCGACAAACGACAACAAAAAGAAAUCUCAAGCCAAAAAGGAUAAAAAACUUAAUUCACCACUUAACGACGAAGAGCCAUUGUCCUACAAAAUCGUAGAUGAGAAGUCACCCAAAUUACACGACGACAAGCAAUCAACGCCGCCCAUGUUGGAACACCUACACAACCUUGGAGGUAAAUUGAAAUUCAAACGUCAUAAGACAAAACCUUCCACUGAACCAGAAGUAUUCAAAUUUGAUGCAGAGAAACUAAACAAGGAUGCAGAUAUUGCCACCACUCCAACGUGGCAACAUUUGGAAGCGGAAUUGCAAUCGCCACGACCUGUCGAAGAUGUUUCCACACCAACAACAAAUAAACAUCACUUGGGAUCCGACAAAUUUGCCAAUCUCUCCAGACAGAGUCGUAAAAAGAUUGGUUCCUUUUUGAAUCUAAUGAAAGAUGCCGUUAGUCGACCUGAACAAGAACAACAUUCCGAUACCGCCAUAGAAAUACCUUCAACGCCAACACUUGAAGUUUCAUCGGCAAUCAAUCAAGCCAUCAUGCUUCCCGUAGCUAUGCACACUGCAACGCCCACAACGCAUGCCAUAGAACCUAGCACAGCACAAAUUGCACCCAUUAAUCCCUCCACCAACCCGACCACCAUUGAUAGUAUUCAACCGUAUAUUAUGCCACGAGCACCCCUAGAAAUGGCCGAAGAUAUCGAUCCACCAAGUUACAGCAAUUUAAUGAUGUCUGCCAAUGAGACGCACAUCAUCGCCACAAAAGAUCCCGAAGAAUUGGAUAAACCCGGUCCGAUAAUAUUUCAACAACGGGCUAUUUCUCAGCGUCGACGCCCAAUUCGUCAAGACUCUCAAUCGUCCAAUUGGUCAGCCGAGAAUAUUCCAACAAUUACCAUAAGUACUACACCCGAAACGGACGAACAAUCCACAACGCCAACAGUGCCUACAACACCGCGACCUGACCCCAAAGUUAAUGUCAUAAAAAUCAAUAUUGAACACGAAAUGUAGAAUGGAAUUUGAAAUUACGAGAAGAGUGCCUUUCAUUUCCUCAUUUUUCAAAUGUGAGUUCGUUAAUGUGGUGAAAUUCCUAACCUGAUUGUAUACCGUUGAUAGCAAAUUAAUUGAAAUAAAAUUGAUUGAAA